AUGAAUGCCUCUGGGGGCACGAGCCCUCGGGACUGGGGAUCCCAAUUUCAAUUCUCAGCGGUCGUGAGUAGUACCGGCCUGUCCUUCAAUCGACAGGUCAGUGGAUCGCAAGUUUCCUCGAGCUCAUGCAGUUCCUGCCAGGGCGGGAUCCCCUUUUACCAGCCGAAGGAUAGCACCAAGGACUUGAAAGUUUUCAGCGACGCCAUCACCGGUCACCUCCAGAUUGUGCUAAGUUGCCUUGCUCAGGCAGACCAGGACUUGCUAAGUUGUGCACGGCACACUGAGAAUCAAGUCGUGGAGCUUGUCUGUUCUGCACAGACGGUCGCAUGCAAACUGGCAACUACAGCUGGUAAUGCUUUAGAGAAGCUUCCGACACUGCUGUGGGCGGCACGGGGUCACGGAAGUACGGAGCUGUCCGAUUGCAUAGUUGAGCUUAAUGGCAACCUAGGUACUCUGAGGAAGGAGACACAAGGAAUCCGCUCUGACUAUAUUGAUUUGCUCACGCAGGUACAGUACAUGGGGCACUGCACACAGGUCACAGUGGAUCAGACGGUGAUGAGUGUUCUGCCCGAACCCUCGGAGAAAGAGGACGGGAGCAUGGAGUGCCAAAUUCCACCCAACCUGGCUUUCGAGCCCCAGGACCAGGAAAAGAAGGAGUCACAGAAGUAUCUGGAACUGACACUUUUGCACCUGGAUUACAUGAGCCAGAUUUUGGAGGAAUGCUCUGACUUUUGGCUGAUGCUGCACCAGGCAGAGCUACAGAUCCGGAAGCUGGAAAAGGCAGACGCCACCAACUCGGAGCUGUACCCAGGAGACCGGCAAUUCUGGUCGGAGAUCUGCUCGGAGCUCUUCUACCACCUGAAACAUCAGUCGCCCAGAAACAUCAGCCUCGUUCUCUCCAGCUUGGCACGCAAGCAGCUGCGUGAUGUCGAGUUGUUGGACCACGUGGCAGCGCACCUUGAUGGGCCCUGGCUGACCUGCUUCAACAUCCAGGACCUGACGCUGCUAUGCAACAGCUAUGCCCAGCUGUCACAUGCAGCUCCACAGCUCUUCCGCAACUGCGCCGAGGAGCUGCUUUGGAAGCUACCGGAGGCCAACCCUCAGGAGCUGACUCUGGUGGCCUCCGCGUUCAUGAAGCUCCGCUCUUACGACACCAAGCUGUUCAGGCACAUUGCCGCACUGUCCUUCCUCCAGGCGAAGGACUUCGGCGCAAGGCAUGCAGCCAACUUGCUGCACGCCUUUGCACGCUCCGGCGCGCCGAUGCCACCCAAGCUGUUUCAAAGCCUUUCGGAGACCAUCUGCGAGCCUACGAAUGCUGCCGAGCUCACCAGCGUAGGCACUAUCCAUGCAGCAUUUGCAGCCGGCAGGGCAGCGAAGGACUCGCCCAAAGUGGCGAGGACAUUGUUGCAGGCGGCUGUGCGCCGCUACUUGUCACUUCUGCGCCAGAAUCCGGAUGUUCCUGCGAAUCCACACCAUGUGGCCGUACUCAGCGGAGCACUGGUCGAGGCCGGCCUCCACAGCAAUCAAGUUCUGAAUGCUCUCUGCAAUGCGCUUCUUCCCGAACACGGUGGUGCUUCCACAGAGGCGCGAGUCGAGGCGGCCAUCCGGGCGAGUGUGGCCAGGAGGGAGAACCUUCACCAGCUCGCCGACGCUGCCGUUGGCCUCAUGGCUUGCCUGGAUCGGCCCACCAGCCGAAAGCAACCUGAACGCAGCGAGCAGAGGGAGAUGCUGCAGCGUGCCUGGAGGAUGUCGCUGGACGCGCUGAGCGAUCAGGAGGGCUGCAAGGUCAUGUUCUGUGGCCGCGGCGAGCAGGUCGGAGAGCAGAUUGCCAAGGAGCUUGGUGACACAUGCGGCUUCAUCAAGUGCGAUGUAAAUGUCGAAGCGGAGAUCAAGAAUGUCAUAGAAAAGACCGUAGAGAAGUGGGGCAAGUUGGACAUCCUUUUCAACAAUGCCGGUGGGCCAGUCGGACCCUUUCGAGUUGACCAAAUCAAGAAAGAGCAUUUGGAUGCCAACUUCAGCUUGAACUUUAACUCCAUGGUGAUGGCCACAAAGUUUGCACUGCCACAUCUCGUCAAGCAGCCGACUUCCUCUAUUAUCAACAACAGCUCUAUCGCUGCGAAGAAAGCAGGUUUCGGAGACCCUCUCUACAGUGCCUGCAAAGGUGCCAUGGACUCUUAUAGCCGAGUAGCUGCCAUGCAACUCGCACCUCGGGGCGUGCGUGUCAACUGCGUCUCCCCCGGUGCCACUGCGACGCCAAUCUUCUGGUCUGGCUCUCCAGGCUCAGCGCGAGGUGCGACGCUAACGGCAGAGGAUAAUGCCAAGAAGCAGCAAAAGGUGGAGGCCAACAUCAUUAAUAACUGUGCAUCCCUCCGUGUCGGCCGUGCAGGCACAGGUCUUGACAUUGCCCGGGCCGCGUGCUUUCUGGCAUCCGACGACAGCAUGUGGAUUACCGGGCAAGAUCUGGUUAUCGAUGGCGGCAUGACCACCUUUGAUGCGCCAAACAAAGCCUGGAUGGCAGAUCCGAACCCAGUGGACCCUGUGCCUUUGAGGCACAAACUCUCCAAGCUUUAG